UAACGCCGCCCGCUCGGCCCCGCUCAGGUGCUCCUGCCCAGCCCCGGCCCUGCACAGCUCAGAGCUCAGCCCCGGUUCCCGGCCUGUGCCCUGCAGCCGCUCCCAGGCUCGGGGGUUGCACGCUCUCCGCUCUCAUGCCCGUGCGUUUUCCUUCCAUUUCCUUGUGCGCUCCGUGCCCGCAGAGCGUUCCCUCCUGGUGCUGAGGACCGGCACUGGAUAGGAAUACCCUGCCUGUGUCUGGUGUCUCCCAGGCAGUUCCUGUGUGUCUGCAGGUGGUUUUGCCUCCAGCAGGGCCUUGGCUGAAGGGAGCCUCCAGUCUGGGUGGGAUUUGAGGCCAUGGCCCCGGUGCCUGAGCCGUGCUGGUGCCCGUUCCUGCAGGGAGCAGCUGGUGCCAGCCGAGUGCCACUGCCGGCAGUGCUGGUUCAGGACCGGUUUCCUGCCCAGCUGUGCAGCCGAUUAGGAGCUGCCGUUCCGCCCCAGAAGUGACUGUGCUUGGCUGCGAGGACUUCGCUGUGUGCGAUAAGGAAGGUGCCGGCGGCUGCGGCCUGGCUCGGGUGUUGUCAGGCACAGCCCAUUAGCAGGAGAGCGCUGUGGGGAGCGGUUCUGCCAGCAGCCUCUCUCGUGUUCCCGGAAUCACCUGGAAGACAUCCCAGGCCGUGUCUCAGCAUCAGAAAUGUCCCUCUCAUCCCGCCGCGGGGACACAGGGAGUGCACAGCCGCCUCCAGCCCCGCCACUGCUCCUGUGCUGGGGGCAGCACAACCCACAGUGCCCUGGAGCCCUUCAGCCAAGGACAUUGUGCCGAGGCUGUCGCACGGUGGGAGCCAACGGGGAGACUCUUUCUGGUGCGAUUGUGCUGACGCCAGUGUCUGCCCCACGGCUCACGGCCUCUCUCCAGCCGUCUGCCUCAGCAGAGAGCAAAUCCCGGGGCGAGCAGCUGGCGGCACAGAUGUGUGCUCCCCCUGCUCCUGCCAGGGCGGGGGGCUGCGCUCCCACCCCCUUCCCAGCAUCUCCCCGUGGGAGCAGCGCUGAGAACCCAUCCCAGACCAGAACUGACCGAGAGCAGUGGUGUGGGUCAAACCCUCUGGACCGUGGGGAAGAGGUGUUGUCCUGUCAGGGAACCAUCCUGGCUGCUCCUGCCUUGCCGAGCUGCAGCACCAGUGAGAGGAUGAGGGGAGCACAAUCCAGUCCUGGCACCGUGUCCUGAGCUGGGCCCCAUCACGGCUCAGGCCUGGGCCUGGGGAGAGGGGGAUUGGGCAGUGCUGUAAUCCCGCUGCACCCGAGGGAUUACUGCUCACUCUGGCCUGGGGAUUAAGGGAUUUCUCUAAGCGGGGUUGAUGCAGCCUCCAGCAAAGCAGCUUGUGCCUGGGGGGCCUUGCUGUCUGGGGCAGGAUGGGUGUGUGAUGGCAGGGUGGGCUGCACUAGUGUGCAGCAGGCUGGCUGAGGGGCUCCUCACACAGGUGCUCCCUGCUCUCCUCACCACCAUCCUGCAAAGUCUUGUUGUCCCAGUGGGUGCUGGCAGCCCUUUGGCACAGGUUAGUUGUUUGGGAAGCAUCCUGGGACCACAGCAUGUGCCUGACAACCAGGGCACCAGGGAACGCUGCUGGGGGAGCUGCUACUGAGGCCCCAGCCCCUUCCUUUGCACAGGCUGGGGUCAGUCUGGGCCCAGCUUGGGGAGCAACUUUUCCACAGAGCUCAGGGUUGGACUCGCAAGGUCCAGAGGGAGUGCAGGGGGAGUUCAAGGCUUGGAGAGCAGAGCCAGGGGCUCAGGCAGAGGCAGUUGUCCAGUUCCUCUCCUGACGUGUUUGGAGCAGAAAACAAGGAGCCGUGCUGCUGACACUUGCAGUCGUGUCAGAGCUGUAGCUGUAGUUUGUGAACAGCCCACCUGGCCUGGACAGCAGGCAAGGACCGAGCCAGGCAUCCAGGUCACUGUGUGGGAGAUGCCACCUGGCCCUGCCUCAUCCCAGUCACAGACCCACGUGCCUGUGUCACACAGGGAUUUCUCCAGAUGCCAGUGCAGGCCCUGGCAGGAGGCACGUGUCCAGCUCAGCCUCCCCUGUGCCCCUGGCUCCCUUUGCCUGCCCUUUCACCUCCUGGUGAUGUGGCAACCACUGCUCUGGCCCCUGGGAAAGGGGAAGUGCUGUUGAAAGCAGAAGGUCAGUCACAUCAGCAGUGAGUGCACGGCUGCCCUCGCAGCCCUGUCAGCUGCCCUUCUCCCCUGUCUCCUCUCUGCAGUCACCCUGCUCCCAGGAUCAGGGACUGCUCCUGCCUGCCAGGGUGCCCUUCCCCACCGCCCGCCCUGUCUGGGCUUCUGCCUGCCCCACUCAAGUUACUCCUGGCUUAGCAAUCCCGGUGGAUGCAGGGGUGGGGGAGCAGAGCUGUCGAGCUGCUCCUGCCCUGACAGGCCCUGGGGUUUGUUACUCAUGGCCAUGCCCUGUGCUCAGGAUCGCUCCUGCUUUGAGGAAAGGAGCUGUCAGUCCGGUUUGGGUUUGCUCAGUGCCCGUGGGGUUGGAGGGUGGGAGGGUUGUGCAUUUCCCCAGCUCCACAGCUGUCCCCCAGCCUGGAAUCUCAGGGCAAGACCCCCCAGUUCCUGCUGCUGGAGCCCCCUACGCACCAGCAGAGUGGGCAGUGCUCCUGGGGCAUGGCCGGGGCUCGGUGUCCGUGCUGGCACACAGGGCUGGCUGGGUCAGGGCUGGGUCAGGGCUGGGACUCAGGCCCCGUGUCCCGGGAGUGGGGGCCGUGGUGGCACCCCCACACUGGCACCGCCGCGCUUCUCUGGGUGCACCUUCCUCCAUGCGGCGCUCGUUGCUAUGCGACCGCCGGCUCCUGAUGCUUAAUGCUCUAAUACGGAGGGAUAAAACCACUCUAAAAAUACCCCGCUGCCAGCCCCCCGUGGGGCGAGGGGGGCUGCCGAGGGGCAGGCGGUCUUGCCAGGGGGCUGCUGGGAAGUUCCCAAACUCCUCGUCCUCUAAGUGGCUUUGAGGCGCCCGCUGGAGCUCCGGCGGUGGCACGGGCUGGUGUGCCGGGGAUUGGCUGGGGCUGGCGCGUGGGCUCCUGCGGCUGGAGCUCCCCUACCAGAGCCGGGAGCGCUCCGGCUCCCCUGCCUGCGCCCUGCUCCACAACACCGGGCAGCUGCCCUGGGUACUGGCUACCUGCCCAGUACUGGGGAGCCCACUGCUCAGCCACACGCACCUGUCUGGCCUCUGCCUGCUCCUGCCUCAUCUCUGCCUGUCCCUGCCUUGCCCUCUCGGAGCUGGUGGCAUCCUGCGUGGGACCCCCACAGCAUGGGGACAGUCAGCGAGCUCUGCGCCUCCAGUUUCCAGGCAUUCCUGUGCCCCUCGGUGGCUGCCAAGGCAGUGCCCAGUGACCUGACCCCGGAGGAGUGCCAGGAGCUGGAGAACAUCCGCCGCAGGAAGCAGGAGCUGCUGGCUGACAUACAGCGCCUGAAGGAUGAGAUAGCAGAAGUGACGAAUGAGAUCGAGAACCUCGGCUCCACGGAGGAGAAGAAAAACAUGCAGAGGAACAAACAGGUGGCCAUGGGCAGGAAGAAGUUCAACAUGGAUCCCAAAAAGGGCAUCCAGUUCCUGAUCGAGAACGACCUGCUGAAGAACACGUGUGAGGACAUCGCUCAGUUCCUGUACAAGGGAGAGGGCCUCAACAAGACAGCCAUUGGCGACUACCUGGGCGAGAGGGAUGAGUUCAACAUCCAAGUCCUGCAUGCCUUUGUGGAGCUGCAUGAAUUCACCGACCUCAACCUUGUGCAGGCCCUGCGGCAGUUCCUGUGGAGCUUCCGUCUGCCGGGGGAGGCACAGAAGAUUGACCGGAUGAUGGAGGCGUUUGCCCAGCGGUACUGCCAGUGCAACCCCGGCGUCUUCCAGUCCACAGACACCUGCUACGUGCUGUCCUUUGCCAUCAUCAUGCUGAACACGAGCCUGCACAAUCCCAACGUGAAGGACAAGCCCACGGCAGAGCGAUUCAUCGCCAUGAACCGCGGCAUCAAUGACGGGGGGGACCUGCCUGAGGAACUGCUCCAGAAUCUGUACGAGAGCAUCAAGAAUGAGCCCUUUAAAAUCCCCGAGGAUGACGGCAAUGACCUCACCCACACCUUCUUCAACCCCGACCGCGAGGGCUGGCUCCUGAAGCUCGGAGGCAGGGUGAAGACGUGGAAGCGCCGCUGGUUCAUCCUGACUGACAACUGCCUUUACUACUUCGAGUACACAACGGAUAAGGAGCCCCGUGGCAUCAUCCCCCUGGAGAACCUGAGCAUCCGUGAGGUGGAGGACUCGAAGAAGCCCAACUGCUUUGAGCUCUACAUCCCUGACAACAAGGACCAGGUGAUCAAGGCCUGCAAGACAGAGGCAGACGGGCGUGUGGUGGAGGGGAACCACACCGUGUACCGCAUCUCUGCCCCCACGCCCGAGGAGAAGGAGGAGUGGAUCAAGUGCAUCAAGGCAGCCAUCAGCCGGGACCCCUUCUACGAGAUGCUGGCUGCCAGGAAGAAGAAGGUCUCCUCCACCAAGAGGCACUAGCAGCCAGACUGGCCCUGCAAGGCCCUGCAGCAGCCCAAGUGUCCCCCUGUCAUGGGGGCCUGUGGGGCAGGGGCCACGCUGCAGGCUGGCCCUCGAGGCCCAGGGCCCAGCUUCAGCUUAGCCAUUUCUUUACUGUGGGGGGAGGGAAGGGGCAUCUCAGUGACUGUGGCCCCCCAUCACUGCCUCAUCGCUGGACAGCAUCUUCAUGGGCUCAAGCUGGAACACGGAGCCCUGGCCUCAGCACCGUGGGCACCCUGCCUGCCUCUGACCCCCAGGAAUCCUGCAGCCACAAGGCACUGGGUCCUCCCAGCUCCCGUGUUCUGACACUCCUGGGGUGUUCUCUCAAGAGGGGGAGCAGCUGUGGUGGUUUUGGGGUGUCACAGGUGCUGGGGUGCAGGGUGUCAGCCCCAGGGGGGCCCUGCAGAGAUACAGCCCCUGGCCCUCGUUGUAGCGGGCCUGGGUCGGACCUGGCAUCCCCACGCUGCUGCCUUGGACCCUCCCAGCCAACCCCGCCCUGGAAUGGUCCCCACAGACAGGAGGGACAAGGGGCAGGGACUCCUGAUGAGCAGUGGUGCCACACGAGGCAGAGCUGUGCCCUCACCCAGCCGUGGGAGCUGUGGCAGCGCUGGGUGCCAUUGCCCCAGCGCACCCCUGUGUCAUGGCCCUGGUGCCAGGGUGGCGUGGUGCCACGGUGGGACAUGCCCAGAGCUGGAGCCUGCGCUCAGCGUGGCUGCUGGUGGGGACCUGGCUGGGAUCUGCCUCACAAUCGCCUGUGUCUUGUCCUGUCCCCAUCCCCACGCACGGUCUGGAGGAGCCUGGAUCAGUAUUAGUCUAUUUAUCAGAGGUGUAAAUACUCCUGUAUAGUUUUCUCCUUGUAGAUUAUUUUGUAUGUGGGUGGUUCAUUGCAGAGGCCUCACAGGAGUGGGGUGGGGGGGGCAGGAUUUUUUAUUCUAACCUUUUUUUUUUUUUUUUUUUUUUAAUUUGCCAUGGCCUUGUAAACUAGUGCUGAAGAUCAGCAACAAAUAAAUACUUGCACCACGCUUC